GCCACAUCUACCUAAAUCUGGUUCAAAGAUGGAGUCGCUGUUCGUGCGGUCGCUGGCGCUGGGGGCGUCGACGGACGACACACAGACGCUGGCCAGUGCCUCGCGCACGACGGCCGACGCCACGUUCGCGGUAGCUAGCGGUCGAGAGGGUGUGAUCCGCGUGUACGCAGCCUCGUGCUCGGCGCUGCUACAUGAGUUCGCGUGUAUCCACAGCCGCGUGUACACACUGCACUACACGAGCUUCUCGGACAGUUUGGUGACGCUAGAGAGCGAUGUAAAGGGGGACGACGACGACGAGGAGGACGCUGAGACCUUCUUGUGCGUCUACCAUGACUGGCGCGAGCGUAAAAUGGUGCGCGGCUACACAUUACCACUGGGAGUCCUAGAGAGCCCGUCCUCCAACCGCAAGGCGGACUGUGUGGCCGUCUGCAGCUUCACAGGUCGCGUCGUAGUGGCCAUGGGCUCAGUGCUCAAUAUCUGGCAGUGCAGCCACGGCUUCUUUGAGCACGUCAUGGAACUCAAAGUGGACAUGGCACAGCGCCACGCCUUCCUACAGGUCGAAUACGUGGCCAUCCACGGCGUCUAUGUGGCCUUCGCUUCUCAGACAGAGGUCCGAGUCAUGGAGAUCCACGUCAGGAGCUCCAACGACGUCGAGGAGACGAAGAAAAUGGACGCAGCGCUUGACAAGACGCUGACGCUCGACAACCGGGUUGACAAACAAGAAGACGGAGAUGCAGUACCACCAGACUCGUCCCAAUGUGUCGAGAUCUCGAGUUUCGAUGACUUGAAUGCGUUCGUGGAAGUUCCAGUGUCAUGUUCAGCCUACAGCACAGUAGAAGCCGAUACAAGACGUGAACAGGAUGAACAACGGAUCUUUGACGAGCAGGAGCAAACUCCUAUGGUGUUGGGACGUAACGAAGCUCAGCAGGAAAUGUGGAACCUUGCAGGUCUAGUGAAAAGCCAGGAUAUCCGUACGAACCAGGCCAUGUCGUACUUUAUCGGAGAGGAAGACGUGAGUGUGCUGCUGCAGCGUUAUUUGCCACCGAAUCACAGUGUUCGAUCACUCAAGUUCCUGCCCGAGACUAUCGACAAUCGCGUUUGUAUCGAGACGAGAAGCUACACGCGUCUACUGGUAGCGACCGAGAAACACGCUUUUCUGUACUAUUUCUUGUCGGAAGAAGUGGAUUCGACCAGGAAGAAAAUGUCCAAGAAAGUAUUGGGCAAAGGGGAGCGCACAAAGUCGAGAGGUAUGCGCAAGCCGAUCAAAAUGGGGAAAGUUGUUGUGGGACAAAGUCGAGAUUCGUUUACAAGUGUGGAGAAUGACGAGGACGACACAGACGACAGUUCGACAGAGUCUGGGCGUGUAGUGAUGCACUACAAUUUCACGUCGGCAGUCACCAGCAUCACCGCCAACAGCUCGUUCCUGUUUGUCGCGACGCUCUCAGGGCUUCAAGUGUGGUCGAUCUGGAGUCCGUGUCACUACAUGGCGGCCAGUCGCGCAUUAAGCAAGUCGCUAGUGCCUCAGCCUUCUCAACCUCAACUGCUUUGCACGCAGCCCAUUCCGUACCCGACAUCGCAGCUUGCUGCGCUGGACUCGUACGUUGUAUUGUUACCACAAGUGAGUUCGCUGGCAUAUCGACAGGAUAUCAUGCACAUGGCCAGUCUCGCCGCCGCUGAGUGUCUUCCCGAGUCUGAGUUUGAACUGCGUCCACCUCUCGACUGUAAAGAAGACCCAUCUCAGCGUAGUAUCAUGAUCUUCCAGCAGAGUCCGCCGUCCUUGGUCUUCUCCUAUGUGCGUCAAGGCGUGCUAUCGACCGAUGACGACACGAAGCCAUUCCAGAUCGAUUUAUUGCUGAGCUUGUUCUCGUUGUAUCGCUAUCGCGCUGAUGUGGGCUCCGAUCUACUUCGUCUUGCCACCAGUAAUGAGGCUGCUGUCUCAAUCUCGGAUCGAAAAGAGAAGCUAGCGCUUGAGCUUGAAACGAAGCUGUACGAUCGUCUGGCAGGGGAAUGUGCAGCUGAUCUGGCAGCAGUUUUCAUGUCGGAGCACCAUCGCAACUUGGAGCGGGCUGCGCUUUUGUUCGUGGCGUCGAACGUUCCGUCAAUAGAGGUGAUACACAGGCUUCAGGCGAUCGUUGGGACUGUGGACCGAUCCGAGGUGAUCCGAGCGACGGGCAAAUAUCUCGAGGCUUUCGUGUUCCCACCUCCUGAAUCACUCGCCGACAUAUGUGGCCCACAAUCAACUCAAACCGCAAGUUCAGAUGACGCGAAGUUUACAAGGAUUGUGUUGCUGCACUAUGGCAAAUACUUUCCCGAACAACUGUCUCGGUUAAUUGUCGAUUCGUCGUUGAAGUGGACACUGGAAGACAUCGCAUUUGCGCUCGAGAAGUUGGAGGAGUCUUCGAGCCACAGCGUCCUCGUUAAAAUCGCUAGACUGGUGCUAGUGUUACGUGCUGCUGCGUUCUCAUUGGAAGCUUGGGAGGCUCUUGAAACAUCAGAAGGGACGUCACGAGAGGGUUUCGCUCAGGAAUGCUCGUAUCCCAACAUGUUGGCUUUAGUAGACGAGCUGCUGGAGAACCACGUCGACGCGCUGACCCACUUAACAGUGACACAUCCAGACCUGCUUGUUCAAGAGGUUACUAUCGACCAGAAUGGACCAGGAUACACCAAACGCUUUUCCAGUUCGAAGCUAACGAAGGCACUUCUGGAGAAGUGUCCGUCGAGAUAUUUGGACAUCCUGGAGCGGAUUUUCAACAACGCAAUCGGUCGCCAAGAAACGAUCCACUCCACGCUUUUGUUCUGCUUGAAUGCUAUUGGUGACGCUGCUGCGCCGUCAGCAACGAGGAUUGCUUCUAGUGGUUCCAUGUCAGCUGAAGACGAUACGGCAUUCGUUCCUGACCAAGUGCUCGUCCUCCGGUUCCUGGUGUUUGUGCUUCAGAUGUUUCCGACUCUUGAGAAAUUGUCAGAGAGGGAGGAAGUGCAAGACGAUGAGGAGGACCUGCAGAGUGCCAAGGCGGCAGUGGCAGCCGAGUUGACACGUCUGUGUGUCAAGCUGAGUUCUUGCUUCCACGGCUCGGAGAAUAACGAUGAAGACAGGCGCGUGGAGACUACCGUAUGCGAUCUCUUUGAGCCGAUAGUAUCGGAAUCAACACUCCACGGAAUACUCCCCGGUUGGGUGCAAGAAUACUUGAAGACGCGCUGUCUACCGGAGACGCCAAGACUGCGCAGAACUCUCGAGUAUCUUUUCUAUCAAGCGCUGGGACUGCUACACCAGAAGGCCUUGAUUCGCCCUCAAGAUGUGCUGUCGGUGUACGAGGUGUUCGAUGUCCAGUCUCCUGAUCAGAUGCCGUGGAAUCUCGAGAACGACUUGGCUGCUCUCGUUGUUCUCCUCACUUUGCCUCGUGUCUCCAGAACGGUGGAUGGGUUGAAGCUCAUUGCGCAGCGUGCUGACUUCAUUAAUUUAUUCUUGCCGUAUGGCAAGAGCUUCUGCGUCACGUUGGAUGAAUGGCGAUUCUUGAUCAGCACUCUGUCUUCCAUUUCCGAGAAUGCAACAGAGACUGACCAUGACAGCGCAAUUCUGGAGAGUAUUCUCAACCACGUGUGCUUGACUCUCAGUCCCGAAGACUUGCUCCAAGUUCUCCCCGACGACGGUGAUAUUGCGUUGUACAUGUCGACCAUAGAGGUCAGUAUGCGUUUGGACCAGGUCCGCGAAAAGCAGAGAGAUAGUCGACUCAUGAGUGCCGUCGUUGGUUAAACGUGAACGUCCGAAUUCAAUCCGCAUCAGCAGAUUGAGACUCCGUAACCACUGCUCGCGAGCCAAAAGCUGUUCCUUGUUUCUCCAUCAGCUUCGUGAUGGCCUCAAUGUACUGCAAAGGCAAAUAUCAACAGUCAGUUCUAGAAGCCAAAUACGAUCACGUAACGAGUGACUCACUGCAGCUCGUGUUUGGCGGAAAUAAGUCUUCUGCGUGGCUUGAACGAACGUGCGGAAGUGGACGACCCAUCGUUUAUUAGGCUCCAACGCCACAUAUCCUUCAUUGCCUCGCGCACGUUGAAUAAUUCUCUCCUCUUCCUGUCGAUUCUCAUCAAACAACAGCUUCGCCGUCAUUUCAGACGCCUCGGUGUUCGUGAAUCCAGGAGCGCUGACACUUUCACGUGGUGUCGAUGCAUCCAUGAAGGAGGAGGUUCCCUCAACGUCCAAAGUCGCUGUUCCAUCGGGUGCAAUGACAACCACAGGGUCCCAGAAGAGCAGCUUAUCCAUAUCUUGUACAAACUCACGCACACGCUUCGCCGGGAUAUCUGCCGGCACUCGGACGUCCAGUCGAAGUGGCCACAGGAACCUGUGGAAUACUUCAGUUGUGUUGCUAACUGUACCCCCUGCAGGGAUAAAUGUCUUGGUGUUGUCCGGAGUGGCCAGUACAAUGAAACCUAGAGGUGCAUCGCAGAUAUUUCCUUUCCUCGAGCCGUGUAGAUAGAUCCGUGAGUCUAAGUGCAGCAUAUUGGCCAAGAACAUGUAGUGUGCCCCCAUGACGUUGCGCAGCUACAGCAAUACAACACAGCAAACGUUUAAAACAUUAUCAAUACCAAAACAG